AAACUGAGGGACUAGUUCGCGUAUACGAGUAUACAGUCACACAGACAUAUCUAAGUCGGUACCGAUGUUUUCUUCUGGGUAUUACAAACGUCGUGGCAAACUUAAUAAACCUUUUUCUGAAUAUAAAAGUAUAGAAAAUUGAGACUGUGUGGUGAUUAUGCCAUUACAAACCGCUUUAAAAACGAUGCAAUGAUUUCCCAAUAGUAUGGUACUUUCGUCACUUUUUUAAUAUAUCCAGUGGUCGUUCAUGUGCUGGAACAUCCAGUAUGAUGCUCGCCACAUUCUAUAGUUCCAAAAACUCGCAUUUUUCAGUAACAAUUAUUUUACACAGAAGAAAAAAGUUUAAAUUGAAAAAAUGGAGUCUUCUGUAACUAAAUAAACUCCGAACUGCUUUGGAAAAAGAUCCAUUGAAAAAUUCGUUAUAUUUUAUAUAUCAAUAAAAUCUAAAAGAUAAUUUCUCACUCUAAAACUAAAUUGUUAACGGGGCACAAUUGAUUGUCUAAUUCGGUAUUGUUCGCGAUCUACCCAAUACCCAUUCACUGCCAGUUAUAUGUUUUAAUUGCUAAUUUGUUUGUGUGGCAAGCACAUUUAAAUGCAAUAUUUUGCACAAAAGCGUCGACCAUUUUAUUUUCGAAAUAUUGUCAAUUCAUAAAUCAAAUUUGCAUUUUAAUUAAAUCGGUGGUGAUUGUAGCGCGAAAAAACAUUCACAGUUACAUAAAUACUCGCGAAUACACCCUCAUACAAAUACUUGCUGGUACAGCGGGAACGGCGGUGCGGUGCAUAAGCGACUGUGACGAAAGUCUGAAAAGUCAAACAAGUUUCCCAAAAGUAUGGAAGAGUGUGGGCAUUCAGUUGGUUGGGCGAAGUGAAAUUAAAUAAAUUUUGUUUACGUUUAGAUGGUGGUGGCCUAAACUUUAUUUGUCUGAAUAUCUUUUCCUUGUGCUGUGUAGUAUUGUGUAUUUAAAUCGUUGUAAGAAUUUGAGGAAUAUUUUUGUUUUAAAAUAUAUUUUCACGCAUAUUUAUUGGCAACGUUUAUUACAAGUUGGUGACAGACCUAUUAAUGCAUGACUUAAAUCAUGCCAAGUUAAACGACGCUAAAUUAACAUUUUAAAAACAAUGAUAAAAAUAUUGAAUUGAUAAUUUACACUUUUAAAACAAUGAUAAAAAUAUUGAAUUGACAGUUAGCUAUUAAUUUCCAUAGUGAUGACAUUUCACAAUUUGACUUAUUUCAAUUCACAACCAAAAAAUGACAACCACUUUUACUAGUUUGAAUACGAUUGCCAUUGAAUUUGACAUACAUAUAUUAUUUUAAUGUUUGUAAUAAAACAACUACACCAUAGCAAAAAUCUUUAGCAAACAUAAACUUGUGUGCUAUAGAAUAGUAAUACGUUUUCAACAUUUCAACUUAUCAGCUCCAAGAGUAUUAUGUCGUAUUAAAUAUGAGAACCAUUUGAUGCGAUAUUGAAUUCUAUCAAGUCACUGACGUAGAAAAUUCUGCGUACAGCGAAACGGCGAUCACAAUUCGCAGGCAAAUCGUAUUACGAAUACAAUCGUCAUAAGAAUACCAGUAAUCAGCAUAAAGUGCAGUAAGUUCAAAUAGCGGAUAGCUUUGGCAACGAAAGCAAAAAAUUAAUGCUAAGGAAUUUUUAUUGAACAAGUUGCCUGAAAAAUGUUAAAGUGAGAGAAAUUGUGUUGGUAAAUGAGUAAUACAAAAUUUUUGCUGAUAAGCAUAUGUAGUUUUAGUGGAUAUCGUUGACACUUUUGAAAUCAUGCCUUUCCAUGUACAAAAAACACAAUGUAAGAUUUCUCGGAAUAUUCGAAGAUUACACGGAUGCUUAAAGUUUUAUCGCUUAAAUUACAAGCCAUUUGUUAAAGGUGAAAACUCAUCAUUGAGCUUCCACCAAAAUUUCUCUUCGAAAAAUAAAGUGGCUGCUUUCUUAUAUCACAACAGCACUAACGAAACCACGAGAUCGAGCCAAGUAACAUUUUUAGAAAAUAUUUUCCAUAAUCUCUCCAAUUCUUUUUUUCACACAUUUCUUUUCCUGUAGUAUACUUUUUCAAGUGCUUUAAAAACUGUACACUAAAACUAGUCGACCACACAUACUCAAACAUUUUAGUUAAUUCCAGCUAAUAUGUAUGUAGUAAAAUAUUAUCUAAGCUACAACUAUGCUGAUUCAGUAGACCAUAAUGGAAAAUUAAGCCGAGAAAUUGUAAAUUAUCUGUUCCAAAUCAUAGCACAAUAAUUUUAAUUAAAUAUCUGUUUCUAGUUUCGAUAAUAUCCGUUAAUCAGUGUAUACAUGAACAACAAUGCAAAAUAAUCGAUAGCAUACUUUUAGGUUCUCCCUUUAGUCCAGCGGUUUUAAUUAAAUUCACCUAUUUUACUUUAGUCUUUUAUGAAAGAUCAGAAUGCAUUAACCUGUAGGCAUAUAUUACUGCUGUCGCUGAGUGACUUAUUUAAAGAGAAAAAUAUUAUAAUCAUACUUAUAUAGUCUGCGAAAGAGAACAAACAAAGAGUUACUGAUCACUAGCCCUGGCAACCUAUUUUGAAUGAUUUUUUUUAGCCACCAAGUUUAUAAGCUGUGCUUUUUUUCAGAAUAUAAAUGUAUUUACCUACGUUUUAAGCCUGUCUUUGAUUCAACACAACUUAAAGUGUGGCAAAUCGAACAAACAGCUAAGGUAAAUCUAACAGAGUGGUGUAAUAAAAAGCGGUUAAAUACUAGCACUUGAAUGAGGUAUCCUCAUACUCUUUCGAUCCUAAUUUCAUUUGGUAUAUAUGAAAUUGAGUUCAAAUGCAAAUUUUUUCACAAGAGAGUCUUGCUAUGCUUUUUGUAAUUUUAGCUUUCAAAAAGGGACAAAUGGACAAAAGGACAAAUGGAAGAGGAUUUACGAGAAAAACAGAUAUUUUUAUUCUUAUAUAUUUUUUUUAAGGAGAUUUGUCCUAUACCUGUCUAUACCUUGAUAUAUCGCAUAUAAAUUGCUUAGUUUUCUUCCUAGAUGACAUUUUUAUGUGCAGAAUAACAUAAUAUAAAUAAAAAGGAAUCAUUUAAUAAUGAAAAAUUUUGAUGAAAUUUACAAGCCUUGCGAAAAAUUCAAAGCUUUCAAAAAGUAAAUGUUAAAACGAAUAUAUAUAUGCUAAAAAUACCAAGAAGAGAUAUGAUUUUAGUAUUUUAAACAAUUUGCGAACACAAUGGCAACACUAUUCAAGAGCAACGCAAUUAAUUCUCUCACCUCUCUUACUGAAUGACGUAAUUAAAAAAAAGAAGGCAAGGCUAAUCAUUUAUGAAUUGUUUUUUAGUUUUUACAAAAACGAUCGAAAAGUACUGGUUUGAGUAAUGUAACGCUCAGUUGAAGAGUGAGCAGCAAAGCGAUCAGGAGUGUUCAGCGUUAGUAGUUCUUGAUCACGAUGUCAGCAAAACCAGUUCUCUACUAUUCGGCACGCAGCCCUCCAAGCCGCGCCGUGCUGUUGACAGCCGCCGCUAUUGGACUGGAAUUAGAUUUGCGUCCUACAAACCUCAAACAGCGCGAACACCUAACGCCUGAGUUCCUUAAGCUCAAUCCUCAGCACACCAUACCGGUACUGGAUGAUAACGGCACUGUCGUGACAGAUUCGCAUGUAAUUAGCGCAUAUCUUGUGGACAAAUACUCACCAGAUGAGACACUCUAUCCAAAAGAUCCCCUGAAGCGUAGAGAAGUAGAUGCGCGUCUCUACUACGAUGCCGGUCAUUUAUUUCCACGCGCUCGUCUUAUGGUCGAACCGAUUAUCUACUUUGGUGCAGACAAAAUUGGAGAAGAGAAAAUCACAUAUAUGCAAUUGGCCUACGAUGGCUUGGAGAAGUGUCUUACCAAUGCACCGUAUUUGUGUGGUGAGCAUUUGACUAUCGCCGAUUUGUGUGCAGUCGCUUCGGUCUCCAGCGCAGUGCUUUUUGCACCAAUCGAUGAAGAGAAAUUCCCACAGUUGGCUGCUUGGUUGAAGCGUAUGUCGCUCUUGCCUUACUACAAGAAGAGUAAUCAAGAAGGCGCCGAUUUGUUGGGCAGCUUUGUUAAAGAGCAAAUGGUGACGAAUAAAAAAGCUAGAGAAGCAGAGAAGUGAAAAAGUGACAGCAUUGAUCAAAACUGAUAUUAAAAUUUAAUCAUUUUUCAUGAGGCAAGAGAAAAAUCAAAUUUGUAACUAAGAGAAAUAUGAAAAAGAAAUUUAACAAUUGUUAGCUUUUUUAAAGAGAGUCUAAAUAAAUAAUUUCAUUGCUUGCAAAGAA